UCGGUGUCUCGCAUGCCUGAUACUGUUUUUUUGUAAUCCUUUUUUUCUUCCUGCAUAUAGCUAGUGUGCACGACAAAAACCACAGCACAGACGAUAUAAACAGAGACUGAGAGAUACAGGUGUGUGUGUAGAUAGCAGCUAGCAACCAAGUCACUGUUUUUAGACUAGCCUGAGAUCGUCAUCUGGAGGUUCAGCAAUGGCAUCAAUUAGUGAGUUGCUUGUGAUGACGUUUGGGUCAGUGUUCUUGGUUUGUCUUAUUGCGUUCGUUGCUUCGGUGUUGUUUCUGCAUUACAGACAUUCCAAAUACAGCCAUAUCCCAGGCCCCAAGAGGAGAAGCUUUUUCUUGGGAAACAUACAAGAUGUCAGAGAAUACGUAGAGAAAGACAAGUUAAUUGAAGAUGCCGUGAACGACUGGGGAGACCAGUUUGGUGAUGUGAUUGUGUUUUGGUUCCUUCAUCAGUGCAUUGUGUAUUUCUUUGAUGUCCAGGCUAUUAAGGAGAUACUUGUAACAGGUAGUCUUAAAUACCCAAAAGGUUGGACCUAUGAUGGCGUCUCUACGAUCUAUGGUGCACGAUUUCUUGGCCAUGGGCUUGUGACAGAGCAAGAUCAUACAUUGUGGGCCAAACGACGAGACAUAUUCAACCCUGCAUUUAGUCGAAGCUACUUGAAGACUUGUAUUAGUCAGUUCAACGCAAGCUCCGACCUGCUGGUUGAGCACCUUAGUGCUAGUGCAGAUGGCAAGAAGAAUGUGCAUCUCUUGGACCAGCUGAACAAGGCAACCAUUGACAUCAUCGCAAAGGUUGCCUUUGGAGCAAAUUUCCAUCAGUUUGAUCCUGAGAAGAUAACAUCUUUUAAUGAAGAGUUCAACAUUGCCCUGAAAGGCAUGAAGACACAGUUUGAAAGUCCAUGGAAUAAGUACAACCCGUCCAAAACGCAGCGUGAUUACCGUGCAAAAGUCCGCCACGCCAUUGGUGUCUUACGUGAAACUGGACAAAAGAUCAUAGCCAGUCAGCUAAGCGCUCUUGGUCGGGGGGAGCAGCUUGGUAACAACAUCCUUGCGUUCAUCCUUGAAGCGUCUCAAGCUUCUUCUUCUGGAGCUCUAGACAUGGACGAGAUGGUGGAUGAGUUUACAACUUUCUUCCUUGCUGGUCAAGAGACAACUGCUAACCUGUUGGCCUCAACGAUGAUACAACUUUGUCAGAAUCCAGAAGCUAUGUACAGAUUGAAAACUGAAGUCGAUGCCGUUGUCUCCACUAAAGAGUUUAUCCCGUAUGAGGAUCUGUCCAAGUUGGAAUACAUGGUUGCCGUUUUGAAAGAGACCCUUCGUCUGCGUCCCCCUGCAGCUGGAACGGUGAGGAUUACAACAUCGGACUGUGUCAUCUCCAACACCAAGAUACCCGCAUCCACCAUCCUUGGGAUUUCAUUCUAUGCCAGUGGAAGGAAUGGGAAAUAUUGGGAGAACCCGUUGGAGUUUAUCCCGGAUCGAUUUCUUCAUGGCAAUGAAAGUACAUCAGGUGCCUUCACCCCGUUCUCUAUUGGACCAAGAAACUGCAUCGGUCAACAAUUUGCACUGAUCGAGGCUCGUGUUCUCCUGGCUAAGCUUAUCCAGCAUUACAACUUUAGUCUGGUUCCCGGACAGUCCCUGGGCUACACUGUGGAGACAACAAUGAAACCUGUAGAUGGGUGCCAGGUUUACCUCACCCCAGCCAGCUCAAACCAACAAUAGAAAAGAGUGUAAAAUCAAAUCAGUUGUUUGUUAUGGAAUGGAAAACUAGUUUAUAAAAACUUCUAAACUAUCACAAAAAGCUCAUAGUGAACAAUGUAAUCGGGUUUAUUUGUAAUCUCAAAAGUACUUAUUUCGCGUGCCCCCACCCCCCAGUAACACCACUGUUUACAAGACAAGUUUUAUAAUUGCAAUUUUCUUACAUAAAUCAUUUUGAUUGUUUGAAGAUCGUACAUAUUGUUCUAGUACUUAGUAUUGUUAUUCUUAUUGAAUAUCGUACAUAUUGUUCUAUAAUACUUAAUAUUGUUACUCUUUGCUCUUAAACAAGACACUUUUAAACCAUUACUGCUUCAUCCUUCAGAUGGAACAUAAAGCUGUAGGUCACUUAUGCAGUGUGAUGCACGUAAAAGAACCCAGUGCGCAGUUACCACACGAAAUAGGGGUUUGCCAUAGUGUUUUUUGGACUUGGCUGCUGAAUGUGCCGCAGCAACUUGUGAACCCUUAUAUAGUGUAACAUGAUGAAUUGGUCUAAUAGCUUUGACAAUGUCUUUAAAAAAUAAUUAAGCUUUUUGAGAUGCCAGUAGAUAAAUUGUAUUUUUAUUUAGUAUUUGUGGGUUUUAAAACAGUAUUCAUAAAUACCCCAGACAGUUUCUCUACU